CUGUAGAACACGUUCAAUACGAGGAAGGCGCGCUGGAGCAUAAUUGAGAAAUUCGAAGAAAUUCUUUCGCCGCACGUUCCUUUUUCUUUUCGAUAAAUAAACAGGCCGAUCGAUUUCCGUGAAGACGAGAGGAAAGGAAUGUGAGGAAGUAAUGUAAUCGAGAAGAAACGCUUCUACUGCGAGUACCGUAACAAUAAUACGCGAUAACGAAGUGAUAAAAUACAGGGCGGAUAGAGAUGCAUUUAUUAUCGCUCUGGGGAAAUUUCCUUCUGGGAGAGGGUUACGUGCAAAGUAUAAUUUGCACAAAAGUAGAUUACGAAUGUGAAGGGGAUGUGGGCAAGCAACGGCUCAGCGAUCCGUUCAUCGAGAGGCGGAUGGGCGCAGGGACGAAGGGUCUCUUUCGCGCGAAUUAUGCGUCCCAAGUUGACUCGCGAGUUACAAGUAGUAGCGAGAUUGUGUCCGAGGGAGAAGGAGAUAGGAGAAACAUUGUCGUCGAGAUAAUAUUAUGCAUUGUGACCUUUCUCUCGUAUGUGAUUUCCCGCCGUGGUACGAGAUAAGAGCUCGCGCACGCGUCAUCCCCGCAUUUACUCAGAAAACAGGACCUUCGGGUGCCGCGGAUCCGCGUUUGGAUCCGACUUUGUUACCCCGUCGAGAUCAAGAUGAGAGAGAGAGAGAGAGAGACCGAACCGGGACAAACGGGUGAACUGCACGGUCCGAGCGUUCGCCGCGCGUCAAAGGUCAUCGCGGAUUAUCCUUUCGCCCGAUGAUAGUCGUAUCGGCCGCGGCGGUGUCCGUCACGUGAUAACCAGCGGAAUCGUAACGGGACGACGACGGGCGGACUGAAUUAAAAGAGAACAAAAUUGUCAGAUCGGCGCAGCACCGUCACAUAAAAGCACAGGAUGUCGGACGACGUCGAGGAAGCGGGAGAGGAUAAGCCCUUCGUCGUGGAGCGGGCUAAGACCGGGCGCGCCAAGUGCAAAAAGUGCAAAUGCACGAUAGAAAAGGACGAGUUGCGGAUCGGCAAGCUCGUGGUGAGCUUUUUCUCCGACGGCAAGCUGAUGCCGGCCUGGCACCACGUGGCCUGUCUGAUGGAGGUGUUCGCCAAGCAGAGGGCCACGACCAAGCGGAUCGACGAUCCCGAAAAGGACGUCAAGGGCUGGGAGCAAUUGUCCGACGAGGAUAAGCAGCUCAUUCUGGACAAGCUGGAGGAGCUGGAGACAUCCUCUCCGGGCAAGGGCGCGAAGAAACGCGCGGCGCCGCGGGAAAUCGCGGGCGAGUCCUCGAAGAAAGCAACGGGCAAGAAUUCCGAUCAGAAGACGAGGAAGACGGCCGAGAAAGCGAAAGAGAAGCCUAAAGAGGAAGCCGAUGACAAAGACGGGGGAGGAAGGAGCAAAGUACCGUCGAAGGAUGACUUGUUCCGUGAAUUUCGACGCGUGUGCAGUAAUGUUGCCAACGUCGACGCUUACACCGACAAGACUGCAAUUAUUAGAAAGAUGUUCACGCAGGGCUCGCAGAGUGACGGUUUUAAGGGCGACAUCGUGCUCUGGUGCAAACUAUUGCUACCUGGCGCCGUGAAGAGAAUUUACAAUCUGCAGAGCAAGCAGUUGAUAAAGCUGUUUGCGCGAUUGUUGCUGCAGGACGAGGAUUCGAUGUUGGAGCAUCUGGAGCAGGGCGACAUAGCUGAGACGAUCAGCGUGUUCUUCGAGAACAGCGUCGCCGUGUCGCCUUGCGCCAAAAGCGUGUUGACGAUCCAAGACGUUGAUCUUUUUCUGGAGGAACUAUCAUACUUAACCAAAGAAGAGGAACAGAUCCAACACUUCCGAUCUGUCAUCGAUAAAUGUACCGCCAACGAUCUCAAGAUGAUCGUGCGUCUGAUCAAGCACGAUCUGAGGAUCAAUGCCGGUCCGAAACACAUUCUCGAGGGGGUCCAUGAGGACGCGUACAAGGCUUUUCAAAUGUCACGUGAUUUGGAAACGGUGAUACGACGUUUCUUGCCCGAUUUAAUGGAAAAGCCGACUGCCUCGGGCUCACCCGCUUCGAGUUGCAACAAAGUAGCCAUUUCGCUGAUGACGCCCAUCUUACCGAUGCUGGCGGAAGCGUGCACGUCCGUGGAGAUGGCGAUGCACAAGUGCCCGAACGGAAUGUUGUCGGAGAUCAAGUACGACGGCGAGCGGGUGCAGGUGCACAAAAGAGGCAACGAGUUUCGUUACUUCAGCAGGUCUCUCAAGCCGGUUAUGCCGCAUAAGGUUAAUCUCUUCAAGGAUUACAUAGGGCGAGCAUUUCCUGACGGGGACGAUCUAAUUCUUGAUUCUGAAGUCCUCAUGAUUGAUAGUGAGACCGGACAGCCGUUGCCUUUCGGCACUUUAGGAAUUCAUAAGAAAGCCGAGUUCAAAAACGCCAACGUCUGCCUCUUUGUGUUCGAUUGCUUGUACUACAACGGCGAGAUACUGAUAAAUAAAUCCAUGUCGCAGCGCAGAAGGAUCCUGAGGGACAGGAUGACCGAAAUACCGAACAGGAUAAUGCUAUCGGAAGUGUAUGAAGUGCAUGAUUCGCGCGAUCUAGCGAAGAUGAUCGUCAAAGUGUUGAAACACGGCCUUGAAGGAUUGGUCCUGAAAGACAUCAAUAGCAAAUACGAACCUGGAAAGCGACAUUGGCUGAAGGUAAAAAAGGACUAUCUGUGCGGGGGCGCGAUGGCCGAUAGCGCAGAUCUCGUUGUGCUUGGAGCAUGGUACGGCACAGGCAACAAAGGCGGCAUGCUGUCGAUCUUCCUAAUGGGCUGUUACGACGAAGAGCGCGAUAAGUGGUUGACCGUUACGAAAGUUCACACGGGACAUAGCGACGCCGCGUUGGCCGAGCUCCAGAACGAGCUCGACAUGGUGAAAAUAGGCAAGGAUACGGAAAAACUGCCGAGCUGGCUGCUGGCAAAUAAACCCAUGGUGCCGGAUUUCGUGGCGAGGGAUCCCAAGAAACAGCCGGUGUGGGAAGUAACGGGCGCCGAGUUCACGAACCAAGGGGUGCAUACCGCCGACGGCAUCAGCAUUCGAUUUCCGCGAGUGACGCGAGUCCGUAGCGACAAGAACUGGUCGACGGCCACGACGUUGAACGAGCUGCGCGAGCUCUUUCGAAAGAAGCCCGAAUCGGUGGACUUUAGCCUCCUGCUGGGAGCGUCGGAGGACGUCACGGAUGUCAAAGAUAUUCUCAUUAAGAAACCCCUCGACUCGCUGGAGACGAGCCCGGAGAAGACGACGACGAGUUGGUUCGAUGACGAGCCGUCCACGAGUUUCGCGGCACGCAAGUGCAAAAUCAAGGAGGAGCCGCCGGACGUCCCCGAGGAAUACAAGGGACAAAAGAAGGAUAACCACGACGACAGCUUCGACAGCAUCUCGGACGAACGCUCGGAGCGGAAAAGAUUAAAACUGGAGCGCGGCAUUAAAAAGGAAACACAGGAUCCUUUGGUAGUUAAGAAGAAGAAGAAGAAGAAAGAUAAGAAGGAUAAAGAGGUGGAGGAGGAAUCGGAUUUGGCAGUGAGGAAGGCGGAGAAACCGGAGGAUCGUUACGUUAAUCAGCCCGCUGGAGGAACGGACGUGGAAGAAUCGUUUGCGGGAGAGACGAGUGUUUUGAAUUCGGCUGCCGAGGAUGGCAGAUCCCACGUCGUCGUCCUGAAGAACGUUCGGGCGAGUCUCGCACCCGGCUUCGUCGGCAGCGGCGGGACGAAUGCGCGGAAGCUGCUCAGAACGCUCGGCGCUACGAUAGUGACGCGCAAGAAGAGAUUCGACUCGACCCACGUCAUUCACGCCUGCACGGAAAUUCCGUCGACGUACCUCGAGGACUUCACGGACUUCCCGAAGACUGUCAAGCACGUGAGCGUGUCCUGGUUGGAGGAGGCGAUCGCGCGCUCGGCCAAGCAGGACGAGAUCUCGCACGCGGUGGAGCUGGCGGGCGAUUAUUGCGAGUGUCCCUGCACACAUCGAUAACCAAGUCAGUAGGAAUAAAUUAUACAUAGCAAUCAGGUAGCGCGACGCACGACAUUUACUUUGUACGAUUUCUCUCUAAUUGAGAUUAAAUAAAAGUG